AUGGAUAAGCAAGUGUGUGAAAGGUUCAAGAAUGUAAGGGAAUGGAUUUCCGAUGAAUUGAUUGGAGGAAAAUAUCAAUUUAAAGAUGACAAUUUUUUAAAUAAUUCUUGUAAUAAUAAUAAUUUUUUAAAUAAUUAUUCUUGUAAUAAUAAUAAUUUUAAAAAUGAAUUGGAUAGAAUAAGUGCUGGAUGUUUAUAUUUGUUGGAUGAAUUCAUUAAGGAUUGUGGUGUGAGUCACUCUCCUUUAAAAAAUAACAUCAAUAUUGUUGAUUACAUUAUGAUAUGGCUAAGUUAUAUGUUAAACCUGGGCAAAAGUGAAGAAGAAGACAAUAUAACGGGUUUUUAUAUAGAAUACAUACAUGAUUGUAAUAAGUAUAACAAGAAAAUAAAUGAAUUAACUGAUUAUGAUAAUUAUAAGAAACUUUUAGAUAAAAAAAAUUAUGUGUUGAAUAUGAAUAGUAAUAUUGUACCUAAAUUUUAUGAAGCAUUUAAAUCGUUAUGUGAAAUGUAUACUGAAUUUGAUGAAAACACGUCAAAUUGCGCAAAACGUUCGGAAAAAGCUGGUAAUUUUAUUAAACAAUAUGAAGAACUUUACAAGGAUUAUAAUAGCACUAAAGACAGUUCAUAUAAACAAGUAUUGUGUACUUUAUCAACCGAUUAUGAUAAUUUAAUAAAGAAAUGUAAUGCUGGUCAGUAUUGCAAAUCUUCACCCCUUCCAACGAUAGACAAAACAAAAAUUCCUGAAAAUUGUUCUGAAGAAACUUCUGAACAGCUUUAUGCACAAGGUUCUGAAGUUGCAUCAUCAAGUUCGUCGAUAUCAAGCAAAUUAAUUCCGGUUCUAUCGAUAUUUUCUGCAAUACCAAUUUUCUUGGGAAUUGCUUAUAAGUAUUCGUUAUUUGGAUUUCGGAAACGAUUUCAAAAACAAAAAUUAAGAGAAAAGCUAAAAAAUGUAAAGAAGAGAAUGAAUCAUUAA